CAGCUCUAUCGUUUCCACCCGCCCCAAUCGAUUGUGCGUAGCGUCGGAGGUCCUAUUGCGCGGAAUUCAGUUGAUUAUCUUGGAUUAUGUCGUCCUUUUUCACAUUACCCGCUUCCCAGCGGAAGCGCAAGAGGGAAGACCGCGCCGGAGCCCCCGCGUCGAAGAAACGAGGUGUUGAUGCAGAUGGAGAUUCAGGCGCCAAGGGCAGUAGAAGGACUAAGGGACGGGAGCAAUCAAUUUCAGGUAGUGACUUGGAUGAGGAUGAUGCCGAGAGCAUUGUAUCUGGAGUUUCAGGAGAAGAGAGUGAUUCGGACUCCGACGAAGGAGAGACGGCCGCAGACCGGAGAUUAAAGCUUGCUGAGAGAUAUUUGGAUAAUGUUCGGGAUGAAGUAGAUGAAUAUGGUUUCGACGCAGCAGAGAUUGAUCGAGAUUUAAUUGCUGAGAGAUUAAAGGAGGAUGUGGACGAGUUCAAAGGGCGCACAUAUCGUCAGAUAGCUUCAGAUCUGUCUUUCUCCGCAGCCUCGCAUUCAUUCUUCCGGGCAGAUACCCAGUCGACAACGUCCAUUGCCGUCCAUGCACCAUAUGUUUAUACGGUGUCGAAAGAUAAAACGUUAAUCAAAUGGGAGCUUGCCACCCCCAGUCACGCAACCACAGAUUCUUCAGCAGGUGAACAAAACAGCUCAUCGAAACGCCCGCCAAGACCACAACGGAAGAAGCCUAAGCAGGUGAGGUUUACGCGGGGCCUGCAAAAGAUUGCUGAAAGUGAUGAGGAGCAUGGUCACACUAAGAAUAUCUUGUCCGUGGCUGUAUCGCCAUCUGGAAAGUUUGUUGCUACUGGUGGAGAGGAUCGGAAAUUGAUAAUCUGGGAUGCAGAGACAUUGACCCCAUUGAAGACCUUUACACAGCACCGCGACUCGAUCAGUGGGCUUGCCUUUGCUCGUCAUAUCUCUACCAUGAGCUCCGGAGAACAACUAUUUUCUGGUUCUUUUGAUCGGACUAUCAAAACAUGGUCCUUAAGCACUGCAGGCCAUGCAUACGUUGAGACAUUGUUUGGCCAUCAGGAUCACAUCUCUUCUCUCGCUGCGAUGACAAUCGAUCAGUGUGUCAGUGUCGGAGCCCGCGAUCGCACCGCCAGAUUGUGGAAGGUCGUAGAUGAGUCUCAGCUAAUCUUCCGUGGAGGAUCUUCCAAGCACUCCUACCAAGAAAACAACCUUGACUGUGUGGCACCUUUGCCUCCGAAUCACUUCGUUACCGGUUCGGACUCUGGCGCGAUCUCCCUUUGGUCCGUCCAUAAAAAGAAACCACUUCACACAAUAACUCUCGCCCACGGUCUGGACCCUCUACCUCCGCUCGAUGAGCUGUCUUCAGAAGUCGAUCCGAAGAUAGCCGCGUCGAAUGCCCGUCACAUGCGGCGCAAUCCUCGCUGGAUCACCGCGCUGGCUACGCUCCCAGGCACCGACAUCGUGCUUAGCGGCAGCUGGGAUGGAUGGAUUCGCGCAUGGAAAAUUUCGGAAGACAAGAGAACGAUCAUCCCACUGGGGCCCAUUGGCGGAGCCUCAUUAGAACCUGAUACCCCAUCUCAGCAACUGAAACAGUCCCUAGCCUUCGACAGCCCAGUCGACGCAGACCAGAUGGCCAUCAACGGGUCAAAGCAAAAAAUGGAUGAGAUUAAAGAAGAGGCCGAGCCACUCGUCAAGGGCGUCAUCAACGGUAUUGCAGUUUUCGAGCGUCGUGCAGAGACCAACAAGCCCGGCCAGUCCAAGCCUAAAUCGAAGCCCGCCGAACCAGAGCCCCGAGGUCUCUGCAUUGUCGCAGCAGUGGGCAAGGAACAUCGCUUUGGCCGCUGGAAAGGCUUCGCGAACAAUUACCACGAGGGAUCUGCACCCGAUGGCCGUAAUGGCGCUGUGGUAUUCGAAGUCCCUUUCAUAAACGGUAACCCUCAAUCGAAGUGAGGUGUAUUCAUGAAAUGGGAUGAGGUUAUUGUGACAUGGCGUGUGUAUCCACAUCUUUCUCUACCUUGUAUUUUAUUCCCGGGGCGGUGGUCUUUACAUAUCUUUUAGAGGAAGAAAAAAGUUCUCUGCAUUGGAAGCUGUUCCUUGGGCUGAAGGGCGUUGGGCCUUGUAUAUAGGCGUACUGCAAUGAUUUUGAAUGGGUUAUGCUUCUAAAGUUACCCACCAUUAAAGGAUCCAAUAUAUC